UUAACUAAAAAAGUUAAGGAAUUUAACAUUCUCCCUAAGAACACCUACAAUAUAGACAAGAAGGGAUUUAUAAUUAGGGUUAUUAGAAAGACUAAAAGAGUCUUUGAUAAGGCUCUCCACAAGGAGCCAUCUCACGAUGGCAACAGGGAGUGGGUGACGGUUAUAGGCGCGAUUUGUGCUGACGGAUCUCACCUCCCCCCUGCCGUAAUCUAUCCCGCGGCCAGUGAGAAAGUACAGGCUAACUGGGUUCACGAUAUCAAUCCAGAUACUCACGAUCUACGAUUCUCAGUAUCCCCAAGUGGCUGGACAAACGACGAUCUUGGUGUUGCCUAGCUGCAGCAGGUGUUUAAUCCUGUUACCUCAAAAAAAGCUCAGAGAAAGUUCAGAUUACUCAUUCUUGACGGCCACGGCAGCCACGUGACGAAGGCCUUCAUCGAUUACUGUGAUCUCCAUCGAAUUCUGGUGCUGGUUUACCCCCCGCACGCCACCCAUACGCUGCAACCCCUAGAUGUCUCAUGCUUUAAGCCCCUGAGCCAAUCUUACUCAAAUAAGCUCAUAUAUCAUAACCA